CGGCUGCGCAGUCGAUCAAAGCACGCCGUCCGAGAUCCCGCUUUUCCCAGCCCGCUCCCUGGCCGUUCUGCUCCCCACCGAUCCAUCUCGCCACCAUCCAAACACGCGCACCAUGAACGGUCUUUGGGGUCUCAACGUUGAACCUGGCAAGACUUACAGCCAGACUGUCGAGUCGGCUUUCCAGGUCACGAAUGCUGCUCUGGGCAAGACCAUCAAGGGCAAUAGCCGCACCUCCCUCUACAUUGUCGUCGACAGCGAGGAAUACGCUCUCUGCCACCUGACUCCCGGCAAGAUCGAGCAGGCCACUCUCGAUCUGGUCAUCCCCGAUGGUAGCGAAAUCACCUUCCACUCUGUCGGCGAGUCCUCCAUUGAUCUGACCGGCACCUAUGUCCCCGAGCCCGACUUUGACGAUGAGGACGGCUUUGGCGAAUUCGAUGACGAGGAGGAUGACGACGAAGAGGUCGAUGGAGAAGAGGAUGAAGAGGACGAUGAGGGCGAUGAAGACGUCGAGUUUGACGAGAUCGAUGAGGACGACGAUGAGGAUGUCGAGGACACUCCCGACGAGGCCUCCUUCAUCGCGGCCAUCCAAGAAGCCAUGGGCAAGCGCAAGGGCGUUGCCGAGAGCUCCCGCGGCCAGAAGAAGGCCAAGAUCGUCGAGUUGACCGACGAGGACCUUGCCAAGGAGGCUGCCGCGCAGAAGAAGAAGGAGGACGAGCAGAAGAAGAAGGACGAGCAGAAGAAGAAGGACGAGCAGAAGAAGAAGGAUGAACAAAAGAAGAAGGAUGAACAAAAGAAGAAGGAUGAGCAAAAGAAGAAGGAGGCUGCCCCCAAAGAGACUCCUCAGAAGGACUCCAAAAAGGUCAGCCUUCCCUCCGGCCUUGUCUACGAAGAUAUCGAGGCUGGCAACGGCGCCCGUGCCAAGAACGGCAAGAAGGUCUCCAUGCGCUACAUUGGCCGCUUCCCCAACAACGGAAAGGUCUUUGACUCGAACACCAAGGGUGCUCCCUUCAAGUUCCGUCUCGGCGCUGGCGAGGUCAUCAAGGGCUGGGACAUUGGCAUUCAGGGUAUGCAGGUCGGCGGAUCCCGCAAGCUCACCAUUCCCCCCGCCUUGGCCUAUGGCAAGCGCGGCGCUCCCCCGGACAUUCCCAGCAACGCCACCCUUGAGUUUGAGGUCAAGCUGCUCGCCAUCGACUAAGCUAAACCACGUCGGCGGUCUUGCCCCAACGUCUCUCCCCCCCCCACUUUGCGCUUUUGACACUAUUUUCUUUCGCUCGAGUUCUAAGCCUCAGAAGCUGUGUGGAUGGUCUCCUGCUGUGCGGCUCCGUUGGUGUAGAAACCGCUGCUCCUGUGGCACACCCAUGGUUGCUUUGUUCACCGAAUCGGCCCAUCAGCGGCGUUUGCUUCUGUGUGUCUCUUCGAGCCCCGGCACAUACAACUCUGCUGGGUUAUCCGGGCAGCUCCAAAUACAUGCCAUUCUUUCAUUGCGA